GCGCAAUUUGCUCGGUUCAGGCACACCUUGAAUCACGUCAUCCGUUGACCCAGUAGGUAACGCCUAAAUUCUGUGCUCUACGUAUACGUUGUCACUUCAGUCGAGUUUGCCCCGCAAGGAGGCACAUUCACUUUGGAUUUGUCUCCGUUUCCCCUGGAAGAAGUUGAACUCAGAAACCGAGAAAUUGAAGAUCGCGCUUCGUCGGAAGGAAUUCGACCUCAGAUUUUGCCCUCGUCUGGAGGAAAGAUGGCGCGAGAUAGGAAACAUCUUUCUUUACUUCUUUCUAUCUUUUUAACCGUCCAUUUCAAAACCGUUGUUUCCCAGACAACGCCGUCUACAACAGAUCAAUGCGAGCAGCAGGUAGACAUUGUGUUCCUGAUUGACAGCUCGGAAAGCGUGAGGUCUGGCGGUUUCGAGACCUCCAAGGAGUUCGUCAUUUCCGUCGCCGAGAACUUUGACUUUGCUCAAGACGCCACCAGGAUCGGAGUGGUCACUUUCAGCAACAGCGGCCUGCAGGUGACCGAGGUUCGCCUCAACGAGUUCGACAACAGGGACGACUUCGUGGCGGCCGUGCGCGCCAUCGACUACGACAGAGGCGGGACGUACACGGGCGAGGCCCUGGACUACGUCCGCACCAACUCCUUCAUCCAAUCCAACGGCGCAAGAGACGACGUUCUCCCGAUUCUGGUCGUCCUGACGGACGAUGACCCCGCCGAUGACGUCGCGGCCCCGGCACAACGACUGAGGCAGCAAGGCGUGACGGUGUUCGCAGUUGGCGUUGGGCACGUUUUGGACAUCACCGACCAGACGCUGCUGGACAUUGCUGGCGAUCAGGACAGAGUAUUGAGGGUAGAGGAUUUCCGAGAUCUCGCGGAUGCCAUUCACGCACAGAGGCUUGGGCAGUCCAUCUGCGACAGUAGCAACUUGUGCGACCCGUCCCCGUGCCAUGCCAUGGCCACGUGCACCGUCCUUGGCCGGACGUUUCAGUGCGCCUGCGUCCUCGGGUUCGUGGGAGACGGCCUGGCCUGUCAAGUUGUCACAUGUCCCACCUUGGUGGCCCCGGAAAACGGCAGUCUUGAUCCAAGCGGUGCCAACACGUACCAGGACGUGGUGCAGUUCGCCUGUAACCAGGGGUUCCGACUCGUUGGCGACACGGCUGCUACCUGCCAAGCCACCGGCACAUGGAGUCACCCUGUUCCGAGAUGUGAAGCGUUGCCAUGUCCGACUCUGACGGCCCCAGUAAAUGGAGCUCUGAGUCCUGCCGGAGCGAACUCCUACCAGGACGUGGUGACGUUCACCUGUGACCAAGGAUAUGAACUAGACGGAGCCUCGAGGACAACGUGCCAGGCGAACCAAGCAUGGAGCGAACCUGUUCCAAACUGCCAAGCUCUAGAAUGUCCGACUCUGACGGCUCCAGUAAAUGGAGCUCUGAGUCCUGCCGGAGCGAACUCCUACCAGGACGUGGUGACGUUCACCUGUGAUCAGGGAUACGGACUGAACGGAGCCGCCAGUGUGACGUGUCAGGCAGACCAAACAUGGAGUGCACCUGUUCCAACAUGCAGACCGUUACUAUGUCCAACGCUGACGGCCCCAGUAAAUGGAGCUCUGAGUCCUACCGGAGCGAACUCCUACCAGGACGUGGUGACGUUCACCUGUGACCAGGGUUACAGACUAGACGGUGCCUCCAGUACCACGUGCCAGGCGGACCAAACAUGGAGACAACCUGUUCCAACUUGCCAACCCAGACAAUGCCCUACACUGACGGCCCCAGCAAAUGGAGCUCUGAGUCCUGCCGGAGCGAACUCCUACCAGGACGUGGUGACGUUCACUUGUGACCAGGGAUACGGACUGAACGGAGCCUCUAGUGUGACGUGUCAGGCGGACCAAACAUGGAGUGCGCCUGUUCCAACCUGCCAACCCAGACAAUGUCCAACUCUGACGGCCCCAACAAACGGUGCUCUGAGCCCUACUGGAGCGAACUCCUACCAGGACGUGGUGACGUUCACCUGUGACCAGGGAUACGGACUGAACGGAGCCUCUAGUGUGACGUGCCAGGCAGAUCAAACAUGGAGUGCACCAAUUCCAACAUGCCAACCUAGACAAUGCCAAACACUGACGGAUCCAGUAAAUGGAGCUCUGAAUCCUACCGGAGCGAACUCCUACCAGGACGUGGUGACGUUCACCUGUGACCAAGGAUAUGGCCUGAACGGAGCCUCUAGAGUGACGUGUCAGGCGGACCAAACAUGGAGUGCACCUGUUCCAACUUGCCAACCUCGACAAUGCCCAAGGCUGGCAUCACUACCUAAUGGGGCUCUAAGUCCCGUCGGAGCGAACUCCUACCAGGACGUGGUUACGUUUACGUGUAACCAGGGGUACAGACUGGACGGAGCCUCCAGGAUAACGUGCCAGUUGGACCUAACAUGGAGCGAACCUGUUCCAACAUGCAGAGCAUUGCCAUGUCCAACUCUGACGGCCCCAGUAAAUGGAGCUCUGAGUCCUACCGGAGCGAACUCCUACCAGGACGUGGUGACAUUUACCUGUAACCAGGGGUACAGACUGGAGGGAACUUCUAGUUUGAGGUGCCAGGCGGACCAAACAUGGAGCGGUCCUGUUCCAAACUGUCAACGCGGGCAGUGUCCGACUCUAUCACCCCCAUCAAAUGGAGCUCUGAGUCCCGCCGGAGCGAACUCCUACCAGGACGUGGUGACGUUCACCUGUGACCAGGGAUACAAUCUAAACGGAGCCUCUAGUGUGACUUGCCAGGCUGACCAAAGAUGGAGCGAACCAGUUCCAACGUGCCAACCCCGACGAUGUCCGACGCUGACCCAACUAGCCAAUGGAGCUCUAAAUCCUGCCGGAGCGAACUCCUACCAGGACGUCGUGACGUUCACCUGUAACCAGGGUUACAGACUGGACGGAGCGUCUAGCACCAUAUGCCAGUUGGACCAAACAUGGAGCGAACCAGUUCCAACAUGCAGAGCGUUGCCUUGUCCGACUCUGACGGCUCCAGUAAAUGGAGCUCUGAGUCCCGCCGGAGCGAACUCCUACCAGGACGUGGUGACGUUCACCUGUAAUCAGGGUUACAGACUAAGUGGAGCCUCCAGAUUGACGUGCCAGGCGGACCAAACGUGGAGUGGCCCCAUUCCAACCUGCCAGCGCCGACAAUGUUCUGCACUGGCAGCCCCAGUAGAUGGAGCUCUGAGUCCAGUUGGAGCGAACUCCUACCAGGACGUGGUGACGUUCACCUGUGACCAGGGAUACGGACUGAACGGAGCCUCUAGUGUGACGUGCCAGGCGGACCAAACAUGGACUGCUCCUAUUCCAACUUGCCAACCUGUUCAGUGCCCGUCAUUAAUAGCCCCAGCAUUUGGAACAUUACGUCCUAUCGGCGCCAACUCAUAUCAGGACGUGGUGCACUUCACUUGUAACGAGGAAUAUCAACUAGACGGAGCGUCCAGUACUACCUGCCAAGCUGACCGGACAUGGAGCGAGCCAGUUCCAGAUUGCAGAGAGGAGCCCUGUGACCGCCUGGACCGAGAGGGUUGGGACCUGGUCUUCCUUCUGGACAGCUCUGGAAGCGUGGAUCAGUCCUUCCUUGAUGCCAAGAGCUUCACCAGAGAGACAAUCGCCGGGCUCAUUGACAGCGACGGUGUUACCCACAUAGGACUGGUGCAGUACAACGAAAACCAGCAGACGGCGUUCAACCUCAACCAGUAUCAGACCAAGGCUGAUAUCCUCUCUGCUGUUGACAACAUCAACUAUCUAGGUGGAGGCACCUACACGGGAAGAGCAAUCCACUUUGCUCGACAGGUAUCCUUCGGAGCGGACAGUGGGAACCGCGCCAACCGCCCCGAUGCGUUGGUCGUACUGACUGACGGCGUGUCCUUUGAUCCCGUGGCGUACGCCGCUCAGUCUGCCAGACACCAGGGCAUAACAGUCUUUGCAAUUGGUAUGGGAACAACAGUGGACAGGGACACGUUGGAUCAAAUCGCAGGAAAUCCGCAAAACGUUCUUCAAGUUUCGGACCCGGGAUCUCGCGCCCAGGUCAUUAAAUCGUUGAAGAGAUGGCUGUGCAGAGCGGCUUACUGUGGAGAUCCAGGUGCACCAACAGAUGGCAUCCGACAGGGCACAUUCUACCAGGGAGGACAGGUGGACUUCAGCUGUCACGACGGUUACACUCUUGUCGGUGAAACCUCCAUCACAUGUCAGUGGAGUACGUGGAGUAGCGAUGUUCCCGUUUGCAGAGUUGGCGGUCCAUGUAGCCCCAAUCCAUGUCAGAAUGGAGGACAAUGUUUUCAGACUGUUAAUUCCUACCGCUGUCAAUGUUCCAAUGGAUACUGGGGUCCCACAUGUGCUUUCCGACCGACGAUUCCAGUUACUCGCCCGGCAGGUUUCACGACUCGUGUCAGAAUUAGAGACAGACUCAACCAUGGCGGCUGGGACCUGAUCCUCCUUCUGGACAGUUCGACAAGCUUGGGGCAGUCCAACUUCGAAAAAGUGAAGCAAUACGCCAAAGACAUAGUGGAUGGCUUACCACUCUCCACCGAAGCCACGCGCAUCGGUCUGGUACAGUACAGUGACACCCCUAGUGACGUAGUCUUUCUGAAAGAUUACGAAAAUAAGAUGAAGAUAUCAGAAGCCAUCGAUGACCUCAGCUACCUCGGUGGGGCAACGUUUACCGGAGAAGCCAUUGAUCACACCAGGACGAUCAGCUUUGCCCCGAGCAAUGGAAACAGAGAAGGUGUUCCGGACGCGCUGGUCGUCUUGACGGACGGAAAGUCAAGUGACGACAUUUCUUUCCCCUCCUUGUCGACUCGGCAAAAGGGCGUCAAUGUUUUCGUCAUCGGCGUUGGAGACGACCUGGACAGAGAAACGUUACAGGGCAUCGCUGGAGAUCCGGAGAAGGUUCUUCCUGUCCCUGACGAUGAUGCUCUGCCCGGUGCCAACACCAAACUCGUCAACUGGUUAAACAGAGCUGUGGAAUGCAGGGAUCCAGGCAUGCCGCUGAACGGCAUCAGACGCGGUUCCUUCUUCCAAGGCGGGCAGGUGGACUACAGCUGCAAUGAUGGUUAUGCCGUCGUUGGGGACGCACGCAUCAGGUGUCAAGAAGACGGCAGGUGGUCUGGAGAUGCUCCGCUCUGCAGAUUGGGUGAUCCAUGCAGCCCUAACCCGUGCCCAAGCGGACUGCAGUGUGUAGCAACCAUCGACUCCCAUCGCUGCGAAGAUCCUGACGCCCGUGACCGUGAUGUUGGCUGGGACGUCGUGUUCCUGGUGGACAGCUCCGGCAGUCUGGACGGGCCUGACUUCGCCUCGGCAAAGACUAUAAUCCAGAACAUCGUCAGUCGUCGGCAGGACCCCCAGGGCAACACUCGCUACGGCCUCAUGCAGUUCAGCGACAUCACCCGGAAGGAGUUCGACCUGAACGACUUCUCUGAGAAGGAGGAGGUUCUAGACGCCAUACGGGGGAUCCAGCAACUUGGCGGAGGAAGCUUCGUAGGAAAUGCCAUGGAUGCUGCCCGACAGGAUAGCUUUGCCUCCACCAGCGGCAACCGGCCGGGCAGUCCCGACGCGCUGGUCCUAGUGACAGACGGGCGGUCUGACGACGCCAUGGAGUUCGCCGCUCAGUCCGUUCGGCACGAGAACAUCUCCAUAUUCGCUAUCGGCAUAGGAGACAACGUGGACCAGGGGAGACUGGAGAUGAUCACGGACGACCCCCAGAAGGUUCUGUACGUUACCGGUGGGCAACAGAGCGCCACGGCUGCAACAAACAGGCUAGAACAGUGGUUUAGUGGAGGCACACAUUGCGAGGACCCGGGAGCACCGACAAACGGGUCCCGGCGCGGCACGUCUUUCCAGGGCGGCGACGUGGACUUCAGCUGUGACGACGGCUUCACUCUGAACGGGGUGACCCGCAUCACCUGCCAGGCGGACGGCACGUGGACUGACGACGUGCCAACGUGCACGGCAGUCGGAGGAGCGGCUGGCGGCGGGCUCGGUAUCCCUGUCGCUGCGCUGGCGGCGCUGCUGUGUCUGCUCGGGCUCCUGCUCCUGGCGGGCUGUAUCGCCUUGUGCUGCAGCAGACACACUUCGUAUGCACCGGCGGCAGCAAUGGCGGCUCCCAUCGAACCAAAGGCCAAGGGGUCGGAGUCCCAAGUGGCCAUAAUAGACUUCGUCGGAAACCCCUAGCGACGAAACGGACCUCAGUCGCCGCUCUUGUUUCAAAAGUUAUUAUUAAGCGAUUGAUAAUUCAAAGGACAAACGUAAUUCUCAUACGUAGAUAUCAAUAUAGAGAGAAAGAUAGAGAAAUGUCUUAAUAAUAAUAAAUAACAAUAAUAAUUUUGUUCACAUUUGGCAGCCCGUGGGCUUAACAUGCCACAGUUAAAGCUGAUAAAAUAGCUACAUGGGCUGCAGAAUGUUAGACACUUUAGACAAUUUACCCGAAACGCAUUUCAGUUCCUGAUUAUUGUUUUAUUGUAUACGUGGUGAAGUAGUGUUCACUUUCAUUUGUUAGUUUUCGAACUAGUAUUAUACCGGGUAGUGCGAUUGUUCGUGUACUAUGUUGCUAAUACUCAGUAUGAGAAUUUAGAGUUCAUGACAUAACCACUUUGUGAAUGUAAUUUCUCAUGGCUCAGCACCAUGUACGAGUAUAUGUUGUACGUGCGUCAACUGUCCCCCUGCAGAGAUAAUUAUACAUAUAGAUAUAUUUAGAAGGUUCUCUUCCACCCUUGGUGCCCUGUAGGACGACUGGUUGUGUGAGUGAGGCUCGUCUCUACCUGGCUUUUGUCCUACCCGUGAAGAGCCCAAAGCUACGCAAUAGGGCGCCGUUCAAGUUAAUUGGCAGUUAACAUUGUGACGUCUAAAAUGGAAGCACCAUGUAUGGAGGUGUGACAGGUCUUCGGCCUUUCGGGCGAACGUAUAAUUAGCGGUCGGACAACCCCGCCCUCCACAGCCUUUAUUCAGCACUACAGACCUAUUAGAUACACUAAUUUGACCCUGAAGCAAUUGAUAAUCAAUUAAGCUAGAAAACCGUCCAAACGCAGAAUACUUGGUUAUCGUAGAUAACCACUCCUGUCUGAUGUUCACGUUAAACCGUGUUUAUACCUAAAAUACUCUAUCCUAUCUAUUUUUGUGACUUUGGAAUCUGUUUCUCACGUUGCUAACACAUUCACUUACAUAUGUUCAUAAUGUUCAAAUAAAUAGACAUA